GUUGCUAUGCAACGCGUCUUUAACCGCCGUGAUGCGCGCUGAGGCAACGGAACAAAAACAAAACAAACUCUGAAAAUUAUUGUAAUAAUUAAGUGUAUUUGAUAAUAGAUAAAAGGUAUUUGCUCAAAGCUAUUAGACAGAGAACCCGGCUGUACAGCGGUGUGUUUGGUGUCUUGUAUCGAGAGAAAUGGAGAGUUAUGAGCAGUUUUACAGCAGGACUCUGAACGCGCUGCCGCCGCCCGCCUGCAGUACCGCACCGCGGCCGCAGAGGGCGCUGUCCGCCAUUCACUUCCGCGGCAGGAGGCUCCUACAGCCGCUGGUGAGUGAAGCGCUGCGGGGUCAGGUGACUGAAGACAGACAGACGGCGAUGGAAAGAGACGGAAGGAGACAGACGCGACAGACAGACACUCUUCUGCAGCGAGUGCAGCACAUCCUCAACAACAUCCAGCUGAAGAAGGUGAAGAAGGAAGCGGACAGCACAGAGACGCCCACAUCAGACUGCUCUGUGACUCUGGGGUCCAAAACGAGGCCGAUCCGCUCCUGUGUGAGGCCGUGUUCGGCUCCGGCUCAGAAGCAGACGCUCAGUCCCAGCAGCUCUCUGAAGAGAGAGACCCUCCGCCUGCUCAACCAGCGCAUGGAGAAGCUGCCGUCUGACGAGUCCAGCGACGGCUCUGACCCAGAAUCCCCCGAAUACAGCCUCUGUCUCAGUCUGAUGGGCUCCUACGCCCAGUUACCCAGCCCUCAGCCCAGCCACAGCCCACCCGCCGGAAACAUCCUCAUCUCCAGCCCCAUCAGCGAGUCUGUGCUCAGCCAAUCUGAAACACACCCGUCAGGAGCUAACAAUACUUUGACAGCAUCUCCGCCGCCCUCUUCUGGUGGACACUGGACCUGCAGCGGCUCAGAGUUCAGUGACGGACAGCUGUCAAUCAUCACCUCCACACCCAGCAGCACCAGGUCAGAUGAAACACAAGAUGUGAGCUGUGAGAAACCCAGACCGGCCCGUCGCUCAGCCCCGGCGCCGCUCAACCGCUCCUAUGACGUGGAGAACCCUUCACCAUCCCUGAACAGACCACAGGUGGAUUCAGAGCCGAUCCGACACCGUUUAGAGACAGAAAAACACUCACUUCAGCUCCUGGACGACCAGAUCCACAUCAAACAGCUCAGUGCAGCUGACAACACUGCAGUGGAGCAGCAGAUUCAGGCUUUGGAAGUGUUGCGUGAGCGUUUAGAGAGAGAACACACUCAGCAGAUCUCUGAGCUCCUCACGGCACAGGAGAGACAAACACAGCACCUCCAGCAGGAGAUCCAGAGGAAGCUGAACCAACACAUCAGCCUGACGUCAUCAAAACACACUUCACAGGAGGAGCAGAUGAAGGCUUUCAGUCGUCUUACUGCCGUGACUCAAGGUUUUCUGACACGCAGACUCCUACAGACGGACAAAAUCAUGCAGCUGCGCAAAACCAUACAGGACUCCAGGGAUUUCAUCCGAUCGUUCCAGAUGGAUUCCCAGCUGAAGAGAGUCUCCGUGUCCCAUCAGGAUCUGUCCUUACAUCAGCGCGUCACAGCUCAGCUGCGAUCAGCACUGCAUGAUGUCCAUCAGAUCUUCACUGUGUGGCCUGUGAGAGACAGACUGACUCUACUGCAGCAGGACCGAGAGAUACGCAGAGAGAGGACACUCAGAGACAUGGACAAAGACAGUCCUGGAAACACACGGAUUCUGUCCUUGGCCACUCAGAAGACGCUGGACAGAAAGACUCUAAGGCAAGCAAAGAAGACCCAGGUGAUUCUCAAGAGCUCACCGGCGAGGACCCUCCAGCCUCGUCUCAGUCACAACAGCGUCUGCUUCUCUCAGAGUGCGGUGGUGAAGAAGAGAGAUGAGUGUUUGAGACCGCAGCGCCCGCUUCACAGGAAGUAUCUGUCUCUGGGAUAAAAACACACAUAUGAAUGACUACUGAUCAACAGCAGUGAUGCACAUGUUCAUCGCCCAACACAUUUUGCAAUUUUCCACUAUGCUUUAAAUUUUUCAGAAUGAAUUCUAAUAAUAAAUCUAUACAGUAAACUUCAUUACUGAUUAGGCAACUGAAUAAUAUUUAACUUUUUGUAUUUCUAAUACUAACAUUAUUACAAAUUUGGAAAUACGUAACUGUCUGUGGUUUGCUUGCACUGUGCAGUACACUAGUGUACUAAACGUGCUGAUUCACGUGUGCAUAAAUGUGUUCGUCAGACUCAUUCAGAAACAACUCGACGGUCUUCAAUCCAAACCUCAGCACACACACGCACACGUGAACAGUCACGCUCUCUGACCAGCGUCAGCACCACAAAUUAAACACACUGUUAGAGCUUUCAGAGUCUGACUCACAGCAACCAAAACUGUUAGAUCCUCGGCGGACAUAACAGCAUACAGGCUUGGAUCGACAUGAAGUUUCUAAAGCAAUAGUGAAAACUGAAAAUAUGCUCACUCUCAGGCCAUCUAAGAUGUAG